AUGGCUGCCAGAGAAUCAGAAAUGUAUUUCUCCAUGGCCUCCAUUUCUAGAGAAGAAAGCGAGCAUUACAAGAAACAGAGGAACAAGCAGACACAAUACAAGAGCCAACCCAUGCAGGAACACUCCCCACUGCGCCUCCCUGUUCCAAUGUCACUCCACCACCAGGGUGCGGAACUGGAUGGAAUAGUUGAAAACAGAAUUGUCACCUUGGCAGAGAUCAUGCGGUUCCCCGAGGUCCCGCUGAACUCCAGACAGCGAGGCUCUCUUCAGAAGAACAGUCUUUCUAUGUCUCGGGGGCUGCUGCGCUCCAACAGUGACAUGAACCUGGUGACGCGAGCCAUGAGUCCAGAGCAGCUCAGUCUGUCCCUGCAGAAGAUGCAUAGAGACCCGAGCGGACGGGGAAAGAUGAUGGGCCGCGGCGGCAGAUCCAUCCCGAGCAGCCAUUCCCUGUCCAUCAGCCUGGAGGAUGAGCAGAGCGUGCCGCAGAAAUGUGUCAAUGGCAGGCCGUGUGUCCAGAGCUCCAGGAGAAAGCUGUACAGCGCUGUUCCUGGCCGUUAUUUUAUCGCUGUCCGCUCAUACCAACCUCAAGCUGGCGGAGAAAUCAGCCUGCACAAGAAUGACAGGGUCAGAGUUCUGAGCGUGGGUGAAGGUGGAUACUGGGAGGGCUGCUGUCGAGGACAGGUGGGCUGGUUCCCUGCCAGGUGUCUGGAAGAGAUUCCUGUCAAACCUGACAAAGAGAGACCAAAGAGCAGAAUGGAGCGCAGCGACAGGAAAAAUCUCUUCAAACAUUUCACUGCUGGUUCCUAUGACAGCAUCGAUGGGAGGAGGAUGAUGAAGGGCUUGAAUAACGCGAGUCAUUUCCUCCACAGCGAUUGUGUGACCGAGCAGAAAACAGUGGUUUUGCAGAAGCAGGAGAACGAAGGCUUCGGGUUUGUGCUGCGAGGAGCUAAAGCAGACAUACCCAUCGAGGAGUUCAUCCCGACUCCUGCGUUCCCGGCGCUGCAGUACCUGGAGUCUGUGGAUGAGGGCGGCAGCGCUUGGCAGAUGGGGCUCCGCACGGGAGACUUUCUCAUCGAGGUCAACCAUCAGAAUGUGGUGAAGAUGGGGCACCGACAGGUCGUUAACAUGAUUAAACAUGGAGGAAACCGACUGGUCCUCAAAGUGGUGACAGUGAGCAGGAAUCCCGAACAAGAUGGCAAACCCCGUAAAAAAGCUCCUCCUCCACCCAAGAGAGCCCCGACAACUGCACUCUCAAUGCGAUCCAAGUCCAUGACAUAUGAACUAGAAGAAUUAGGAAUCGCAGGAGAAGAAAAGAAGCUCCUGAUACCUCCACUGCUCAAGUUCACCAGAAGUGUCUCUAUGCCUGACACAUCUGAGGAUAUUCCCCCACCUCCAGGUGUCUCUCCUCCAUCCCCACCUUACAAUCCCCGUACUCCUAUGGUACAAGGAUAUGAGCCCAACCAGUCCAUUUACACACAGAACUCAACAGGCAGAUUCCACACUAUAGACAGAGAUCUAGUCGGGUACCAUCGUCAAAACUAUGAACAAUAUGACUGUCAAACUCCUUCAGCUGCCCAGCAAAACAUGUUUUCCCAUAACCCAUAUUCAGACUUAGUGGGGAAAACUUUGUAUAUCCCACCAAAACCAGCUCGUAGGAAGUGUACAUUGAUAAAGCAGCCAAAUGUUGAGAAUAGCUCUGAGAAAACAUGUUCAAUCCCAAUACCAACAAUUAUUGUCAAAGAGCCUUCAACUAGCAGUAGUGGCAAAAGCAGCCGAGGAAGUAGCAUGGAAAUUGAGACUAGCGCCUCUGAGCAGCCAGACCAAUUACAUCCAGACAGCAGUGUCACCAAGAGCAACCCAUUUGCAGCUGCUAUUGCAGGGGCAGUACGUGACCGUGAGAAGCGUCUUGAAGCACACAAGAACUCCCUAGGGUUCCUGUCAAUGGAUCUCGGAGAUGAGGAUCCAUUUAUCCCAACCCCUCGUUUACGCCAGUCUAUGUCCAUAGAUGAAGGCAUGUUUGCCAAUGAUAAGAGUUUACAGAAGCUUAUGGCUCCACCGGCUUCUUUAUUAGAGCUACAGCAAAUUGGAAGCAGAGGCAACAUGACUGACUUUACCAUCCCAGAACCAACAAUUGAGCCCUUCACAACACGCACCGGGAGCUGCCCCAAUACAGAUGCUCCCAUUAGUCUUGAUGGAGAUUUCCAAAACCAGACAUCAGGAAAGACUUGUGAUAUUCGUCCACAUUUGGCUCUGGGUCUAGCUGCAAGUAAUAGAGCUCUGAAGGAGCACGUGCAACCCCCUCUUCCUCCACCUAAAGGAGAAUCUCACAGAGCAAACCUCAACCAGCCACUCUUCAUAGACACCAAGCUACGCUCAAAUAUUGAAGCCAACUUUGUUGCCACAGCUGCAGUGGUUCAAGCAAAAGAUUGUGGAGGUUUGUUUAGACACACAAGAGAGUCUAAUCAUGAAACAGAAAAGGCAAAGGAAAGUAAUCCAUCUGAGCAGUCAAAGAACUCCAACAACUCAUCACAACAGCAGUCAGCAGGGCUCCUCAUGGUCCACACACAAGACAGGGCAAAGACAAAAGUAAACAGUCAGCCUAAUAGACUAGAACAAGAAGAGUCCCCUGGAAUGGACAAUGGACCCAUUGAUUCCAACAUCAAACAUACAGCCCACAACUCCCAGCCACCUCAUAUGAGGACCAUCGUCACCUCUGCCACCUCUGUGGAGGAGCCUGUCAAGUUUACCUGUACCAUUCCUCUGCCCCCAAUGACCUCGGUGGAUAUUGAUGAGGAGUUUGAACCCUUGCCUCCACCUCUGGAGUUUGCCAACAGCAUUGAUGUUCCUGAGGACCAGGUAGUGGAGAUUCUCAAACAGAAACAGAAUAAUGCAACCAUAGGAUCUGUUUAUCAUUCACGUGCUUCUACCACUGACAGUGUGGAGUCCAAGUCUCUUUCGGGGAUUGUAAACUCAAUGACUCUUCACACCUACCCUCCACCACCUCCAGAAAUGUUUGAGCCAGUCACGGACUCAGGCAUCGAGGAAGUCGACAGUCGGAACAAUGGGGACCCUCACUUUGAUGUCAAUAGUACAAUUUCUACAGUGUCCAGUACCUUUACACUUUCAUCAGAAGGAAUUGACGACACAUGUGUAGCUUAUGCAGAUGGGCAGACUCUUUCGAUGGACAGACAAACUGUUCCAUCAAAGCUAAAAAUGAAGCCCAUAAUCAAUAAAAGCAAUGCACUUUACAGGGACCCUUUGAUACACGAGAGCAUAGAGUCUUUCGGACAGCCACCACCAGCCCCUCCACCACCCCUGGGUUGUGGAGCACAAUCUGAGCUUCGCAAAAAGCUUGCUCAGCGAGGCACUAAACUGUGGGAACCCCAUGAGCUCCCGAACCCACUCGAUGCAGAUCCUAAAUCCAAUGUGAUCAAUGAGCUUAGUUCCAAACUUCAGCAGAUGAACAAGGACAGAUUUCCAACCCAGGGAGGGUCACCACCUGCAGGAUCCAAAAGCAUUGGAUCAAGAGAGUGGAUGGCCCAAGUCUCAACACAGAGACACUUGCCACCUCAGGCUUCCAGUCCAGCCUCGCCUCCUCCAGAAUCUGGGCAUAGCUCGUCUCUCCCAGGCUCUGCUGCCUCCCCCACAUUAACAGAUGUGUGUAGACCUCCAUCUCCACCCAUGGUGAAUGCAGAGCAAUGCUACAGCCCCAGCUCAGUCAGCAGUCAGUCACCGUCCCCUCUCACACUGUUUCAGGCUUCAGACAAGCCCUUUGCUGACAAACCUGUCCUACUCUGGACCAAACAUGAUGUAGUCGACUGGCUUGAAAGCCUCAACUUGCAGGAACACAAGAAGGCCUUCUUGGACAAUGAAAUCGACGGCACCCACCUUCCCAACCUCCAAAAGGAAGACCUUGUAGACUUGGGUGUUACUCGUGUUGGUCACCGGAUGAACAUUGAAAGGGGUCUCAAACUUCUCAUGGACAGAUAAAGGGUGAAAUACCCUCUGUAGAGUGCUUGGCAUGGAUAAUGGCUUGAUCAAUCCCUCGUUUUCUCUAACUUCUUUCAGUCUAUCUGUGAUGCUUCUGUUGGAAAUCAUGGGAUGAUGUUCCCUCUAUUGUUGUCAGAGGCAUAGUAAGUACCAUAGAUGCAGAACUGCACUCAGAAACACUAAGAGGACUUGUUCUUGCCAUCAAAAGCUCUGUCUAAAUGACAGGAGUUUGUCUCACGUGGACAACUCUAACAAGCAGAGCUGGGAGGUCCUUUUGUUAUUUUACCUUUGAUACAGCUAUUUCUGGGAAAAUUUAAUUUCAGAUGAUUUCUGCAAGCGUUCUGUAUGUGGCAGAGAACAUGGAUACCAAGAAAAGCACUGUUGUUGGCUGAAAACAUUAAAUUCACUCAGGCUUUGACAGGAACAUGUAUUCACAUCCUUCACAUCCACACAUUCAUGAUAAGUGCAAGGGAUGGUGGCACAAGUGAAGCCACACUUGAUACCUGAUCCUUCUUGAUUUCCAUGAGACUGAAUGAGGCGAAAAUUAAAUACACAUAUGCUUUUCCUAACAUUUCCCCAAACAAAAAGGAUAUUUUUUUGUGUUCUUACUGCAGAUAUGCCAAGAUAUAGAGAUUUAAAAACUUGAGGCUUGAGAGGAAGAAUGAUCUUAAUGAGAGCUUAUGGCAUAGCUCAUAAAUCAGGUGUAAUUAUUGUGCUUAUCAGCUGCCGUGGAUCACAUAUCAUCUAUAGAAGCUUAACAUUAAGAGAGCAACGGAGCUUUUUUAUAUUGUGAUUUGGUUGUGGAUUGUGAUAUUGUUUGUAUGAAAGUUGAUGUUAAUAUGAGGUUGCUGAGGACUGUAAGUGUGUGCUGGAUUUUAAACAGAAGGAAUGCGGUCAAAACUAUUUUGUAAAAUGAAAUGAAUGCAUAGAGGAAUAGCUCACAAUAAUAUCAAUAAGAUAUUGAAAAGAGAAGCUUGGAAUUAAAUGGAAAGUCACUUAUUUUAAUGUGAGUUGCAGUUUUGGAGAUUCCCAGAGUCCGGUUGGUUUUCUUUCUUUGUUAGACAGUAAACUGAGGCUGUAUUAAUCAGGUUUAGUUAUUACACAACUUGGAAUCAUGUUUCUUAGCCAACAUACAAUAUAUAAAUUCAGUAAAUUAUUACCUUUUUUAAAGUUUUAUUUUUGUAAUGUAAUGUCUCUCUCUCUCUCUCUAACACACAUAUAUAGUUAUUACUCAUUGCUGAGAUUCUGCUUGGUGACUCUCAGUAUGAGUGAAUAUAGAACAAUAUCUUUUAAAUGUGGGACAGAUAUUAAAAAUCGCAAGCCUUUCCUGAACAAAGGUUUGCCAAUACACUGCUGCUACUGUGAAAAUAGGCAUUUUAGAUGUCAUCUUUGGAUAGCAUAUAAUAGAAUAAGAGUAUUUUUGAUUUAUAUUAUUAUAUUGCCUUUUCUAAAUGCAAUUGUAAUGGUAUUGCUUCCCACUUAAGUGUGGUUUACAAAAAAAAAAAAAAAAAAAUGGGUAUAUUUGUUUGAUUCUUAAUAUAGCAAAUCCAAAAAAAAGCUAUAUAUUUAUACUAUGGAUAAUUCAUUCUGUAUAUAUUUAGAUAAUGUACCCCAUCAUUUAACAAGCAAAAUGUUGACCUGAUAAAACACAUUUCUAUUGAAUUGUCAAUUAUUGUUCAGCUAUGAUUUUUCUUCAACCUAUUUUGCUUUACUUUGAAGACUUGUGUUCACAUUGUUAAUGUUGCUGUAAGAUCUUCUUAAAUGGAAUCAGUAACUCAUUGCAGUGACCAAUGAAACAAUAGGAUUUUUGAGUUUGAGCGCAGUUAUACCUUGUAUGGCAAACAAAACUGAAAGAAAUAAAUAUUGCUGGAGUUGA